UAUCUACCCUUCAGCAACUUUUUCCUGCCUUAUCGCAGUUUAAUCUUUUUAUGUCGCUUUUUCACACUAGUCCAUUUCCGGCUAGCGUCCUGAAUCACCCGAACUUCAACUUCAAACUGGCAAUCAAAACCUCAUCUUCGUCCCAUCACAGGCUCUCCAACCUCUGCAUCACCGCAUCAACCACCCUCAAACGUACAACUACAAUGGCGUCACGGUUGGCUAAGAGCGCCAUCGGCGCCGCCCGUAUCCGUCCAUCGGUUCUUCCACGAUCUGUCCCAGCCCUGACCAGCGUCACUCCGGCGCGAUACGCCUCGAAUGUCCCCUCCGAGGACCCCAAGAACAAGGCCCAGUCGAUCGUGGAUGCAUUGCCCGGCAACUCGCUUGUUUCCAAGACGGCUAUUCUCUCCGGAGCCGCGGGUCUGUCGAUUGCCGCCAUCAGCAACGAGCUGUAUAUCCUGAACGAGGAGUCGGUCGUUGCGUUCUGUUUGCUCAGUGUGUUUUACGCUGCGUUCAAGCUUGGUGGGCCCGGAUACAAGGAGUGGGCGGCUGCUCAGAUCCAGAAGCAGAAGGAUAUUUUGAACUCUGCUCGUGCGGACCAUACCAAUGCCGUUAAGCAGAGGAUCGAAAACGUCAAGCCCUUGAGUGGUGUCGUUGAUGUCACCAAGCAGCUUUUCGAAGUCUCUAAGGUACGAUUGGAUCAAGCACUGAUGGUUUUUACUGGGUUUUUUUGAUGGAAGUGGUGGGGAUUUUUUUAUAUGUUGAUGACUGAUGUUGUUUUGAUAGGAGUCUGCUCGCUUGGAGGCUCAGGCUUUCGAGCUGGAGCAGCGAACUGCGCUUGCCGCCGAGGCCAAGAAGGUCCUUGAGUCCUGGGUUUCCUACGAGAGCCAGGUCAAGCAGCGUGAGCAGCGCGAGUUGGCCGAGUCCGUCAUUGCCAAGAUCCAGAAGGAGUUGCAGAACCCCAAGAUGUUGCAGCAAGUUCUGCAGCAGUCUGUUGCUGACGUUGAGAGUAAGUUCUUUAUAUUGUAGUCUGUGAACUAUCUACUAAUGCUAUAUGCUAUAGGAAUUGUUGCCUCCAAGGCUCAGUAGAUGGUUACUUUUCUCCCCGCUUAGGCCUAGUUGUCGGCAGUAUCAUUUGUCAAUCUAGUGUAUAAAAUCAAAUAGAAGAGUCGCAAUUCUGUGCCAGUAUAUUAUAACAAAGUUAUACAUUCUUAUUCAGUUAUACCUUCCUUGUAGCUUGGGUGGUAACAAUAUCAAAUUGGGUAAUAUAUA